UGGCUAUCUGUCCUUGGUUGGCUGGUACUUGUCGAAGCUGUCGUGUGCCAUUCAUCCAGGAUGAAUCCCAGCCCUAGAGGAUGGGAGCUGAUUGUGAUCAUUUCCGUCCUGGUUGGACUGGCCUGCCUCAGCACGGCAGUGCGGAUUAUUGCAAGGAUCAAACGUCGCACCGGCUUUGGAGUGGAUGAUUACCUUUGCUUCGUAGCCAUUGUGCUGAUGCUGGGCAUGUUGAUCGAACUAAUUCUGUGGUGCACCAUGGGAGGCACUGGCUACCACAUGUCUGGUCUCGACGCGAGAACCAUCGUCGUGUUUCGCCAAAUGUUUAUCGCGAGUCAAUUUACCUACUUCGUUUUGAGUCCCUCCAUCAAAAUUUCUUUCAUCUGUUUCUUCCGCCGCAUCUUCACCACUAAGCCCUUUCUCCGCUUCACCUUCUGCCUGAACACGUUUAUAGCCACGUGGUCCAUGGCAAUAUUCCUCUCCUGCGCCUCGACCACAUACAUCAUCGUAAACCAGGUCUUCAACGUGGCCAUCGACUUUGUGAUUCUCGCAGCCCCAGUUCCAAUGGUGUGGAGGCUGCAUCGGUCGUGGCAGGAUAAAUUGGCGCUGAACGCCGUUUUUGCAUUGGGUGGGUUCGUUUGCUUCGCCAGUGUAUAUCGGACUGUCGUGCUGUUCUAUAUCAACUUGGAUGACGAGACGUAUACCAUCUAUGAGGCCACUUUGUGGACACACAUCGAGCCAUCUGUCGGGCUGGUGGUUUCCUGUCUCCCAAUAAUCCGAGGACUGUUUCCGAAAUUCACACCAAAGACUCAGAAGAAGCAGAUAGGCGCAAGCCCACCACGUUCUUCGACCAUUGCGACUUGGGCCGGGAGCACUUAUUAUGAGUCAUCUGAUGACAGGACACUGGUGCAAGAAGUAGGGGUGAUCGGGGGGAGAACUUGGGCGCGGCAGAAUGAUACCCUAGAUCUCGGGAAUAUGAGAACGACGGCGGAUACAGACGUGUAA